AUGAUAGACUGGUGGUUCAGCUGGAUGCACGACACUCAGCAGUACAAGUUAUGGCAUCCGAGGGACCACGUGUUUUCGGAUUGGAAGGGUCCGACUGGGAACAAUUCCUCCUACAUUAGCGGCCAGCAUCAAGUGCACGAAUAUAUCGGCGGGCAAUUCGCCAAGCUGGCAGUCUCAUUUAAGGAUCCGUCUGUAUACUUCGGAGCCAGCUGGAAGGAGGACUUCAGGCGCGCCGGAUACUCAACCGCUGUUUGCGCACGAACAGGCGACUUGAAAGAUGACGGCUCCGUCACAUAUAUAGGUCAUCUGAUCCACCUGAUCAAGGAAGAACCAGAUGGCUGCCGCAUGCGCUCUCGUUUCUGGAUGGGUGACGUUGACGGUAUUACUGAGCUCGAGAAGCGAGCGGCCCUUACGCCACCAAACAUGUUGGCUGGAUUAGUGAAGCACGCCACGGAAGAAAUGGCCAUUCUAGCUACUCGUCUUCCCUCUUUGUACCUCGAUUUCCGCCCUCGGGCUACAGGCUCGGCUAGAAUUGGUCAUGAAGGGGGCAUGGCUAUGUUUUGUUAA